AUGGCCAAACCACUCGCUCCCAAGUACCAGCUACCCCCUUCAAGUUCAAGUUCCAUCCUGAGGAGGAGGAGCCCGAUCCUGGUCUACCCCGCACCCGCACCCGCACCCACCUCCGAAGAUAGGUCCGACGAUGAAGGUGGUGCAGACGGAGUUGGAGCCGGAGCCGGAGCUGGUCGUACCGACACAGACACAGACGCUAGCGUCGGGGGAGUACAACUCGAGACGACGACGUCACUCGUCGAGUCGCUCGCUCUUGCUUCUUCCUCUACCUCCACUUUGUCUACCUUUACGGCUUCCACCUCCACCUCCACCUCUACCCAAGAACCAACACCACCACCACCACCACCAACAGCGCCCGUACAUCCCUUCGCACACUCCACGGCCAAGCUCGAGCUCUUGCCUUCGAGUAGCAGCCUGACGAAAGAUGGGAUAGACAUUGAGGAGGAGGCGAGGCUGUAUGCGGCGUUCGAGGACGAAUACGGAGGGGACGAAGGGGCGUACGAGGAGGCUACGGACAACUUUACGCGGACGAACACGCCCACCGGUCCCGCUCGUACCGGUCCAACUGGCAGUGGAAGGCGAAGGACAACCUCCGGCCCUGCGAAGCUCACCAAGUCCCGGUCCGACUCCGGGUCUUACCACCACCCCGCCGUCCCACCUCUCCCAGUGCCCCCCUUUUCUGCCUCAUCAACAUCGACAGCACACCUCCGCUCUCGAACCACACCCUCCUCUUCCUCUUCAGCCUCUUUUCACCCACCGCACUCCGCCCCUGUCCCCUACUCAACGUACCAACCAAACCGCAAACGUCCCCCACCGGAAUCGAUAUUCUCGGCUGAUAUCUACCUCGCUGACAACACCGGGUCCAACUCCGCAGGAGUAAUGGAUGGUGCCAGUGCCAGUACGAGCGCACCUCCACUGUUCGCCCAAGACGUCCGGAUCGACGGGUGGGUCGUCGUUGGGGACGGGGCUGGUGCAAGGGAGGAGGGGGCUCUGUUGAGUCCAUCGGUAUCGUCUCCUCCAGCCUCAGCUGGAUCUUCAACUUCUGGGUUCGGGUCGACGGCGAGUGCAAGGGAGGAGUCAACGAACGACGGCCAUAAAUCCGACAGCGGGCUGCGACUAGGAAGGAGCAAGGUUGGGUCGUUAAGGAAGGUCAGUACGGGCGCAGGCGCGUACGUAGUCUACGAUAUCGCGAUCGUAACGAAGGAAGGCACGACGAUGAGGGUUUUGAGGCGAUAUAGCGAUUUUGAGAGGCUGUGGGUUGGGUUGAGGGGGUGUCUUGGGCGCACCGCCCUCCCACACCUCCCCGCCCUACCCCCGAAAGCCCCCCUCGCCCGAUUCAGGCCCGCCUUCCUCGAGAAUAGGCGGAAACACCUCGAGUUUUGGCUGACGCGGGUGCUGUUGCACCCCGAGAUUGGGGGGCGAGAGGUUGUUAGGGGGUGGGUUUUGGGCUCGAGGUAG